GAUGACAGCGCAGAUUGUCAUUGCAACCUUUGUGCCUGCACGCGUGUGUAUCAACAACUUCAGUGGCAUUGGCCUUGCACAGUCUGGCAGCAAUUUGUCCCUGAUUGUUGCCAACUACCUUGCCAUUGCCCUGGCACUCUCUGCAGCGAUCUUCACCCAGAUUGGGAUAAUGAAUGGAAGCGGCUGUGAGGAAGAGAUUGUUCUGGCCAAUGCAACCGCACAUGAAGAUGCCCAGCGAAACGGCUGGAAUAGCUCGGAACCUAUCUUCAACCCAGAGGCUUGGGUCUGCUCAAAUGCAGAAAGUGUCCUGGCUAGUACGGCCUUGGUUGAGUCGCUCUGUGAGUGGACUGCAGCUGGGGUGCUUUGUUUGCUGGGAUGGUACAUUGGCAAGCGGCGCGGAUAUUUUGCAGAGCAUGGCUGCUCAUUGAAACGUUAUGCCACCAACGACGACGCGAAGGCAGUGGCGCAUGAGGCAUUCCGGUCCCAUGCCGGCGUGGCGGUUCGGUCCGUCCUGUUCAACACCAUGGAAAUGAUCUCUCCUGCAAUUUCUCUGGGUAUAGGCGUUACAGAGGCCGCCGUGUUCAACUUCUUUGCAGAGAUGGGCUUCUUCUCAUACACUGUCCCAAACUUGGUUUGUGCUGGUGCCAUGAUACUUGGGCCUCGCUUGCUCGGCCAGGGAAGAAUUGCCGAGUUCCGAAUGCUUAUCCACGUGCACCGAUGGAUGGCUAUACUUUUUGGCGUGGCCUUCACAGCUUUUGCAUUCCUCACGUCUGAAAUUUCGAUUGCUGAUGAAUUCACCAACAAG